AUGAAGAAUGUUGAAAACAAAGAUGCAUCCAAUUCUGAGACUUUUGCAAAGUCCAAACUCCAUAUGGAACAUGAUGUCAGAGAUGAAUUUGGUUUACCUUCUUUUUCAAAGAAGAGAAAGAAGAGGGAAGAUACUAAUGAUCAAUUGCCCAGCAAAGGUAAAAAGAAGGUGUUUCGACCUAAAUUGGUGUCUCAAAUACCUAAAAGAAGAAAAAAAUCUCAAGUCAAAAGUAAGACUCCAAAACCUUCAACCCCGGAACAAAGAGAAAAUAACAUAAGAAGGGGUGGUUCUUGCGAGAGGCAGUUGUUCGAUGAAGAUUCUUCAAAUGCUAGCAACGAAAUAGGCAUUCAACACAAUUCAGUGCAAAGUUAUCACAAAAUGUCAUCUUUAUCAGGUUUAUGUCUACUAAAAGAGAAACAGAUUGGAUCAGAAUUUCCAUUCUUGUUCAAGAAAAAGAGAGUCCUUAAAAGAAGAUUGCAUUUGCUAAAAUUAUUGACCCCUGUUGAAAAAAGGAGAUCAAAGUGGUUCACUAGAAAGAGAAGACAAAAGGUAGAUUUCAGUGUAGAUGAUAGCAAUUUCAAGAAUAAGAUGCUGAUAAAUAGAAUCAAGAAAUUUUCUUCUUUGAUGAAAAAAGGUAAAAGUAAAAAGAUCAAUGAGCUUGAUAACUGCAAAGACUCUGGAAAAUUGGUUCUUUACAAAAAGUCAGCUUUAAAUGAUAGUUUACUUGAUGAGGAAACAUCAAGAGUGUGGAACUUGCUGAAGCAGGAAAAAGGGCAUGAUGAGAAUGAUGAGAUGAAGAGAAAAUAUUGGGAAAACAUCAGAAAAAUAUAUCAAUGCAAGGUUGAAUCAUUCAUAGAUCACAUGCAUUUCAUUCAAGGAGAUAGACGUUUUCUACCAUGGAAAGGUUCAGUUUUGGAUUCUGUGGUAGGAGUCUUCUUAACACAAAAUGUGGCUGACUAUUUAUCAAGCUCCGCGUUCAUGUCACUUGCUUCAAAUGAAGAUUAUAUGGAUUCUGUGGAUUGGGAAGCAGUGAGAGUUGCAAAACCAAGAGAAGUUGCACAAACUAUAGCAGCUCGAGGUCAGCAUAAUAUCAUCGGAGAAAGAAUACAGGAUUUACUUAAGAGUUUGAUGGAAUCCAACGGAAGCCUAGACUUGGAAUGGUUAAGAUAUGCUCCACCAAAACACGUAAAAGAAUAUCUGUUGGCCAUAGGAGGAUUGGGAUUAAAGAGUGUUGAGUGCAUUAGACUUUUAGCCCUCCAUCACACUGCUUUUCCGGUGGACAUAAAUGUUGCAAGAAUUGUUGUCCGUUUAGAUGAAUUUGGUUUACCUUCUUUUUCAAAGAAGAGAAAGAAGAGGGAAGAUACUAAUGAUCAAUUGCCCAGCAAAGGUAAAAAGAAGGUGUUUCGACCUAAAUUGGUGUCUCAAAUACCUAAAAGAAGAAAAAAAUCUCAAGUCAAAAGUAAGACUCCAAAACCUUCAACCCCGGAACAAAGAGAAAAUAACAUAAGAAGGGGUGGUUCUUGCGAGAGGCAGUUGUUCGAUGAAGAUUCUUCAAAUGCUAGCAACGAAAUAGGCAUUCAACACAAUUCAGUGCAAAGUUAUCACAAAAUGUCAUCUUUAUCAGGUUUAUGUCUACUAAAAGAGAAACAGAUUGGAUCAGAAUUUCCAUUCUUGUUCAAGAAAAAGAGAGUCCUUAAAAGAAGAUUGCAUUUGCUAAAAUUUUUGACCCCUGUUGAAAAAAGGAGAUCAAAGUGGUUCACUAGAAAGAGAAGACAAAAGGUAGAUUUCAGUGUAGAUGAUAGCAAUUUCAAGAAUAAGAUGCUGAUAAAUAGAAUCAAGAAAUUUUCUUCUUUGAUGAAAAAAGGUAAAAGUAAAAAGAUCAAUGAGCUUGAUAACUGCAAAGACUCUGGAAAAUUGGUUCUUUACAAAAAGUCAGCUUUAAAUGAUAGUUUACUUGAUGAGGAAACAUCAAGAGUGUGGAACUUGCUGAAGCAGGAAAAAGGGCAUGAUGAGAAUGAUGAGAUGAAGAGAAAAUAUUGGGAAAACAUCAGAAAAAUAUAUCAAUGCAAGGUUGAAUCAUUCAUAGAUCACAUGCAUUUCAUUCAAGGAGAUAGACGUUUUCUACCAUGGAAAGGUUCAGUUUUGGAUUCUGUGGUAGGAGUCUUCUUAACACAAAAUGUGGCUGACUAUUUAUCAAGCUCCGCGUUCAUGUCACUUGCUUCAAAGUUUUCUUUAGAGAAAAAAGAAAGGAAUCUGGAAAAAGAAGAAAAAAAAGAUGAAAAAGAAGAAAAAGAAGAUGAAAAAGAAAACAAAGAAGAUGAAAAAGAAAACAAAGAAGAUGAAGAUAAAAAUGAGUCAAGUUCUAUCAAAAUUGAUGAUAAAGGAACAACUAAUGGAAGAAGUGAAGAGACAAACGUUGUUGAUGAGAAAAAGUCAAAGGGAAAGAAAACAAAAGAAGAAGAAGAAGAGAUGAGAAAAAAGAGAAAAUAUUGGGAUUUAUUAAGAAAAAUAUAUACUAAAAAUUAUCGAAGUGAAGAUUAUAUGGAUUCUGUGGAUUGGGAAGCAGUGAGAGUUGCAAAACCAAGAGAAGUUGCACAAACUAUAGCAGCUCGAGGUCAGCAUAAUAUCAUCGGAGAAAGAAUACAGGAUUUACUUAAGAGUUUGAUGGAAUCCAACGGAAGCCUAGACUUGGAAUGGUUAAGAUAUGCUCCACCAAAACACGUAAAAGAAUAUCUGUUGGCCAUAGGAGGAUUGGGAUUAAAGAGUGUUGAGUGCAUUAGACUUUUAGCCCUCCAUCACACUGCUUUUCCGGUGGACAUAAAUGUUGCAAGAAUUGUUGUCCGUUUAGGUUGGGUUCCCAUCCAACCAUUGCCAGAAUAUAUUCAAAUACAUAAUUUAGAGGUGUUUCCUGAUUCAGAUAAAAUUCAACAAUACCUUUGGCCUCGGUUAUGCACACUUGAUCCGCCUCAAUUGUAUGAAUUGCAUUAUCAACUUAUAACUUUUGGAAAGGUCUUCUGCACAAAACAAAAGCCAAAUUGUAAUGCUUGUCCAUUGAAAAGUGAUUGUAAAUAUUUUGCAAGUGCUUUUUCGAGAGAAAAAUUAGCCUUGCCGGAAUCAAAGCCAGAUUACGAAGAUAAAACAGUAUCAAAAUUUGCUUUACCUGAACCAACAUGUCUGAUUUAUGAGCCAAAAAGAUGUGAACCUACCAUUGAGCUUCCAACAUCACCAGAACAUGUAGAUGAUUGUAAAGACAUUGAAGACAUUUCAAAAGAUUAUUAUAAUUCAGAAUCUAAGGAAGAUAUCAGUCUAUCCAAAGCUAUAAUUACAUCUUAUGCAGAUCAUAUUCCUAUGCAAAAAAUGAAGGAUGUUAGUCGUCUAAAAACAGAGCGUUUAGUUUAUGUUCUUCCAGAUAAUCAUCCUCUGUUGUCCGCGAUGCAGUGUGAACAAAGGCAAACAGAUGAUCCUUGCCCUUAUCUCCUAAUAGUAUGGGAUAGAGGUGAAUUAGAAGAUUCAUGUGAAUCAAAUUUGGACGAGGAAGCAAAUACACUUACUAUUCCUGCAACUCUUUUGAUACCAUGUCGAAGUGCUAUGAGGAGUCGUUUUCCACUUAAUGGGACGUAUUUCCAAGUUAACGAAGUGUUUGUUGAUUAUGCUUCAAUGAUACAUCCUAUCAAUGUACCAAGAAAGUGGUUAUGGAACUUAGAUCAACGAAUAGUUUAUAUUGGGACGACUGUUUCAUCAAUCAUGCGAGGUUUGUCUCUGGGUCAAAUUCAAGAUUGUUUUUGGAAUGGUUUUGUUUGUGUGAGAGCAUUUGAUGUGAAGACCAGAGCACCUAGACCUAUAUCUGAGAUGUUACAUCGCAACACAACCGCUAAACUUAGAAAAGGUGAAUUAGAAGAUUCAUGUGAAUCAAAUUUGGACGAGGAAGCAAAUACACUUACUAUUCCUGCAACUCUUUUGAUACCAUGUCGAAGUGCUAUGAGGAGUCGUUUUCCACUUAAUGGGACGUAUUUCCAAGUUAACGAAGUGUUUGUUGAUUAUGCUUCAAUGAUACAUCCUAUCAAUGUACCAAGAAAGUGGUUAUGGAACUUAGAUCAACGAAUAGUUUAUAUUGGGACGACUGUAUCAUCAAUCAUGCGAGGUUUUGUUUGUGUGAGAGCAUUUGAUGUGAAGACCAGAGCACCUAGACCUAUAUCUGAGAUGUUACAUCGCAACACAACCGCUAAACUUAGAAAAGGUAAAGGAACAAAAAAAUAA